CUUUUCAGGAUUUUCUGUAAACAGCUUCAGUGGUAGGAACUUUUCUUCUGCUCUUCGCUGCUGUCGGGACGCUUUUCAGCGGUGCACACGUGUUGCACUUUCACCCCUCCCACUGGUUUAUUGUUUUGAUUUCUCAGGUUGUGUUUCCGUUACACUCGCAGCUAACGUGUCGACGUCAGAGACAUUUUUUAAGACCAGCAGUUCUCUCGAUGGUUUUUGUUUUUAUAUCAGACCCGAACGUGACACAUUAACAUGAAGGCGUGGAGCAGAUAACGAGCUUCCUGUCGAUAAAGAUGAUUUCUCUGAGAUAAGCUAACUUUAGCCGCUCGGCUAACGCAGCGUACGUAGCUUCGGUUCCAACAUGACAGGGACGAGGAGCUGUGUGUAGCGGGGACCGAGCUCCCACCGGACCGCACUGUGCUCCUGUUCUUUGGACACUGGUUUCCAGCACUGACCUGUCACCGUGUUGGAAGUGAGCGCAAGUGUUUAACAUCCAGACGGCGAACAGUGUCGGGCCCUCUCUCUCUCUCUCUCUCGAUGGGUGAGGAAAAGCCGGACACGCUGGACUUUGUGAAGGACUUCCAGGAGUAUCUGAGCCAGCAGACCCAGCAUGUCAACAUGAUAUCCGGCUCCGUCAGCGGCGUCAAGGAGGCGGACGAGCUGCCAGCAGACUGCAGUCAGAAUGGCCUGGAUCACCCCACAGUGGACAUGUCCCUGGAGGACAGUUCAGGGAUCCUCGUGGAUGGCUUCGAGAGGACCUACGAUGGCAAACUCAAGUGCCGCUACUGCAACUACGCCACCAGAGGCACAGCACGACUCAUCGAGCACAUCCGAAUUCACACGGGAGAGAAGCCGCACCGCUGUCACCUCUGCCCAUUCGCCUCAGCCUACGAGCGCCACCUGGAGGCCCACAUGCGGUCGCACACGGGCGAGAAGCCGUACAAGUGUGAGCUGUGCUCCUUCCGCUGCAGUGACCGUAGCAACUUGUCGCACCACCGCCGCAGACGCCACAAACUCCUCCCAAUGAAAGGCGCUCGCUCCCUCUCCCACAAGAAGAUGCUGAGUGUUUUACAGAAGAAGGCCAGCUCUUUGGGUUAUGGUCGCCGGCUGCUCAUCAACUUCAGCCCCCCUUCUAUGGUGGUGCACAAGGCGGAUAAUGUGAAUGACUUCUCUCACGAGCUGCCCCACUUACGUCAGGAGACCUAUGGUAAUCAGAGCGGGGCAGUCGAGGACGGGCUCGCCACUAAUCAAAAUCAUAUUCCCCAUGAUAUGAUUAUGGAUAACCCCCUGAACCAGCUGUCCACACUUGCAGGCCAGUUGGCCAGCCUCCCAGCAGAGUCCCAGGCCCUGACUCAACCUCCUAUGUCUCCAGGAGCAGAAUCUAUCGUCGAUGAGAAGCCAUUCCUCCUCCAGCCGCCCCACACUUCCACAGCUCCUGGAGAUGUCACAGCCAGCGUGGCUCGCGCCUCCUCCUUAUCCCCAAUCACCCCAGAGCCCCGGGCUCCCCCGCACAGCCACUGCAGCCCUGGAGGAGGACUCUGCAGCGAGCACAGUGGUCGCACCAGUACGCCUAGUGUCUCCAACAGCCAACCCAGUACGCCAGCCCCAGGCCUGUCCGCCCCACUCCAGGACCACCACACGCUGCAUCACUGUCAGCACUGUGACAUCUACUUCCCCGACAACAUCCUCUACACAAUCCACAUGGGCUGCCAUGGCUACGAGAACCCAUUUCAGUGCAACAUCUGCGGCUACAAGUGCAAGAGCAAGUAUGACUUCGCCUGCCACUUUGCCCGCGGGCAGCACAAGUAAUGGAUGGACGAGGAAACAUCUGAGCGAACUUUCAACGGACAGCUUUGUUUUUAUUAAUUCCACAGUAACUUUAUUUAUUGGUCUUUUACUUGGCCCUGAUGUAGCCUAGCCUUUGACCGUUGUACUUAUAUAGGAAAUGGCAAAAUUCUGAUGGUUCCUUUUUGUAUAAUUAAAGGUGCCCAUUCAAGUGUAUUAUUAAUGGAUGAUCAGUGUUUUCGUAAAGGUUGAGAAUUUAUUUGUGGUGGUGGAGAGAGUCAUAUUCAUAGGAAACUGGAAAAACCACUAAAAUAACGCUAUGUUGAGCUUAACUGAUUGCCUAACUUUUCAAAUUUGUCUUUAAAGUGAAAAGUAUUCACUCACAAUGAUGCGAUACGAUAGCAGAUAAAUAACCGAUUUAAAGAUUAUUUGACUUUUUGAUUGAAAACCAGGGACUGCUAGAUGGAAAUUAUUCAGGAAUCUUAUCCACUGUUAUAUUGUAUAUACCUUAUUAGAAUCAGGACUGUCCAAACACAAAUCAUCCCUUUCAAGGGACACCACCAAUGCAAAGGGCUAUUGUUUUUUUAUUAGUUGCAAGGUGGAAUCUUUUUGUCGACUGAAACCCUGACAUCACCUCCCAGAGGAAACAUGACUGUAGCUCACCUGUGCCUGUCAAGAGAGUGAAGUGGGAGGUUCACUCUCAGAUUUACAAACAAAGGGGAAAUCUGACUGGACCACUCAAAUAAAUUCUCAACCCUCCCGGACUUAUAGAUACAUAUUUCUCCAAUGCUUCUCACACAGGAGCCAAACUGUCGGACUUGAGUUACUAACUUAAGCCUUGUUGAAGUUAUUUCAGUGCUUGGUGCAUUACUACUAUUUCUUUGCAGUGCCUGACAAAGUCACCUUUCUUUUGUGUCCAAGAUAAAUAGGACUGUUACUUUUAAGAUUAUUAUUACACAUACCUCUUCUUACUGUAACUGAUAGGCCCAGAACCUUAGAAAAAAUAAGUCUGGCCGUCGCUCUCUAUGGCCGUGACUAUUUUUCUUUCUUUCCGCUAAAAUUCUGCUCAAUAAAUGCUGCUAAGAAACUUUAAAAGCAUCUGUGCCAGCUGUUCAACACAGGUGACACCCACGUUAACACCUGGCCAAACUUUGUACCAGUGAUUCUGGUCAGCCAGCAAAGUUGUUCAACUACAUUUUACUGACGUUGUGUUGUUUUGAAGUUCCUCCACACACUUUGAAUCACAUCAUGUUACAUUCUGGUCUUUUGAUAUUGUAUGAAGUCACUUUAAUACCCAGUAUCUCCAUGUUUAGGACAGAAUCACCAAGUCUCGUGUCUCAUGUGAUCACUUUUUUCAGAAUUGCCACGUAGCACUGGGAAUACCACGUUUUAGCCUUUGUGAGAUUUGGAUCAGAUCAGAUUUAUCAUAUGGAUCCCAGUGCUUUUCUGAAUAUUUACUGAGUAUUGUAUUGAGUGGUUGGAUUGAUGUUCAGUGUCAAAAAAGCAAAACCAUGUUGCAGUACGACUGCUUCUUUAGCAAGAUUGUUCUUUGUCAUGGGUACUGUUGUCUGUUGCUUAGCAACAUGCGUGGAGAUCAUAGUUACUGUUUGUAGGACCCCCCCCCCCCUCUCUGUCACCAUGCUAACCAGUAAUAAGAGCAUCCAGUACUGACUGCCUAAGGCUCUCUGUGUGUCGUAGGUUCUUAGGUGAAUGUUGAAGCCUCCUGGCAAAUCAUUUUAAUGUGAGAUAGAUAAACUAAUUUAUAAGUAAAGUGUUUUCUAACUGAGCUGCUCUUUGUCUUUUGGUUUCUUUUUUCUCCUCCCUCUUUGUGCUCAAGAAGAGAAAAUAAACACGUGACAUUAUUGAUUUAA